CUGCGUUUGGAGCAAAACAACCUCAACGGGACGAUUCCGCCGGAGGUCGGUGAAUUGUGGCACCUAGAAACUCUUAACUUCGGGGAAAACGGUCUGACGGGCAACAUCCCUUCGGAGCUGGGUCAACUGACGAACCUGGAAUCCUUGGAGAUACAUGAAAAUGCUCUCACAGGCGAGAUUCCUACGCAGCUUGGUGAAGCGCUGUUCUUAACAUCGUUGUAUCUUUCGUCGAACAACCUUUCAGGAACAAUCCCCGUCGCGUUGGGCAAGCUUGUGCACUUGCGUUGGCUGGACGUCGGCGAUAACAACUUGACUGGCGCGAUUCCACCAGGAUUGGGUGGUCUCGACAAUUUGGAGUAUCUCAAUCUAUGGGGAAACCGCCUUACUGGUGGGAUUCCUUUCGAACUGGGCAGUUUAGGAAAUCUGCGAGAUCUUUCACUAUCCGCCAAGCGUUUGACUGGCGAAAUUCCACCAGGAUUGGGUGGUCUCGACAAUUUGGAGUAUCUCAAUCUAUGGGGAAACCGCCUUACUGGUGGGAUUCCUUUCGAACUGGGCAGUUUAGGAAAUCUGCGAGAUCUUUCACUAUCCGCCAAUCGUUUGACUGGCGAAAUUCCGUCGGAACUCGGUAGCAUACCGAAUUUGUCAACUCUUCAACUCGACGGGAAUAACCUGUCCGGCAAUAUCCCUCCGCAACUAGGCAACCUGACGAACUUGAGCAGUCUCAACUUAUGGGGUAAUAGAUUUACGGGCGAGAUUCCGACUGAACUCGAACGGCUCACAAACUUGGAAUGGAUGUAUCUCGGUUCGGACACGGAGAUCACAGGAUGCUUGCCGAGUACUUGGAUGAAAAUCGAAAACAACGACUUCGCCGAACUUGAACUGCCAUUCUGUGAGCCCAUGGAGCCGGCACCUGAAAUCGAACAGCCCUUGCCAGAUGGGUCUGCGGAGGACAGGGCAGCCCUUGUAGCACUUUACAACGCAACCAACGGCGCGAAUUGGAAACAGAGCACCAACUGGCUCAGCGACAAACCG